GCUACUAUGGACAAAUCACAGCUCUAAAUGACUGUAUAUACCGUAACAUGCAGAGGAGCAAGUUUGUGAUUCUUAAUGAUGCUGAUGAAAUAAUUCUUCCCCUUAAGCACCCAGACUGGAAAACAAUGAUGAGCAGUCUUCAGGAGCAACACCCAGGGACUGGCGUUUUCCUCUUUGAGAACCAUAUCUUCCCAAAAACUGUAUCUACUCACGUGUUCAACAUUUCCUCCUGGAAUACUGUGCCAGGUGUUAACAUAUUACAGCAUGUUCACAGAGAGCCUGACAGGAAAGAGGUUUUCAAUCCCAAGAAAAUGAUAAUUGAUCCACGAAAGGUGAUCCAGACUUCAGUCCACUCUGUCCUACAUGCAUAUGGGAACAGUGUGAAUGUUCCCAUGGAUGUUGCCCUCAUUUAUCACUGUCGGGUGCCCCUUCAGGGAAACCUUCCCAGAGAAUCCCUCAUCAAGGAUACAACACUGUGGAGAUACAACUCAUCGUUGAUCAUGAAUGUUAACAAGGUGCUGUAUCAAACCGUGCUGCAAGCUGGGAAGUGAAACCUGGGUUAUCAAGAGGGAGAGUGGAGAGCUACCCGUAUGGUGGGGAGGCAGAGGAUAGAAUUUAAAGAUCCCAUUAAAAUAACUUCCACAUGAAGCUUGUGUGUUACAGAGACUUAGGAGAGCAGUCCUUUUAUGUACUGGGCAAAGGUAGAU